GAAAGACACAUUCUUCAACGAUCACAACCGUCGACGUGCCACCCCCAAACAAUCCUUAUUCGUGAGCUUGCCGGAAUAUAGCUUUGCUAUCGAUUCCAAUACCCAUCGCAAGAAUUAGCAUAUACUUUCCAUUUCCGCAAAACCUUCGUCCCCAAAUCUCCCAUUCCUUUCCCCAAUUCCCUGUGAUUCAAUGCACCCAUGUCCAAGCAAACAUUCACAGUAUGUCUCUGUUUCAGACGACGUUUCAAGAUCCCCCCCGCCGAACCUCCCACCGGAAUCAAGUCCCUGUUCAAUAAGUAUUCAGCUAACGAUUUCAUGACCGCAGAUCACCUCCAACGCUUCCUUAUUGAGGUUCAGAAACAAGAGAAAGCUACGAUCGAGGAAGCUGAAGCAAUUAUUACGCAGAAUUCCCCUUCUAUCUUCCAUCGCAAGGGUUUCAAUCUCGAAGCCUUCUUCAAAUACCUCUUCGGCGCUUCUAAUCCCGUUUUAUCUCCAUCUGGUUCGGCUCACCAAGAUAUGACAGCUCCAUUGUCUCAUUAUUAUAUUUACACUGGCCACAACUCAUAUCUAACUGGGAAUCAACUCAAUAGUGACUGUAGUGAUGUUCCCAUCAUUCAAGCUUUGGAGAGAGGUGUAAGAGUCAUUGAGUUAGAUAUAUGGCCUAAUUCAACAAAUGAUGAUGUGGAUGUUCUUCAUGGAGGGACAUUGACAACUCCUGUUGAACUUCGCACAUGUUUAAAGUCUAUUAAAAAUCAUGCAUUCUCUGCAUCCGAAUACCCUGUUGUAAUCACUUUAGAAGACCACCUUACCACAGAUCUUCAAGCUAAAGUCGCAGAGAUGGUUCAUGAUAUAUAUGGAGACACAUUGUUUACUCCUGAGAAAGAAUGUUUAGAGGAAUUCCCCUCACCUGAAUCUCUUAAGAAAAGGUUUAUUAUAUCUACUAAACCACCAAAAGAGUACCUUAAAGCUAAGGAAACUAAGCCAAAGGGAAAUGGAUCAAAGGAGAAAGAUGCAGAAGCUUGGGGUGGAGAAAUUGCAAGCUCUGAUGAUAAGGAUGAUUCAGAUGAUGAUGAUGAUUCGGAUGAUGAAGAUGAUGACAAUGCAGCUCCUGAAUAUAAAAGUUUGAUAGCCAUCCAUGCUGGAAAAGGAAAAGGUGGUUUGGAUGAUUGGUUAAAAGUGGACCCCACUAAAGUACGUCGUCUUAGUUUAAGUGAACAAGAGCUUGAAAAAGCAGCAAAAACUCACGCCCCACAGAUUGUCAGAUUCACACAAAGAAAUAUUUUGAGGGUGUACCCUAAAGGAAUACGAUUCGACUCAUCUAAUUACAACCCAUUGAUCGGUUGGAUGCAUGGAGCUCAGAUGGUUGCAUUCAAUAUGCAAGGUUAUGGAAGGUCAUUAUGGUUGAUGCAAGGAAUGUUUAGGGGUAAUGGGGGAUGUGGAUAUGUCAAAAAGCCUCAACUUUUGUUGAAGGGAGGUGAUGAGGUUUUUGAUCCAAGGGUGGAAUUACCUGUUAAAAUGACCUUAAAGAUAACUCUUUACAUGGGUGAAGGAUGGUAUUAUGAUUUUAAACAAUCACAUUUUGACGCUUACUCUCCUCCAGAUUUCUACGCAAAGGUUGGAAUUGCGGGAAUACCUGCGGAUACGGAAAUGAAAAAAUCAAAAACAGUUGAGGACAGCUGGAACCCAACGUGGAAUGAAGAAUUUGAGUUCCCGUUAAGAGUUCCGGAUUUAGCUCUGAUUCGGGUCGAAGUUCAUGAAUAUGAUAUGUCAGAAAAAGAUGAUUUUGCAGGACAAACAUGCAUACCAGUUAGGGAGAUUAGUAAAGGCAUACGAUCGGUUCCAUUAUACAGUCAAAAGGGCGAUGUAUACCAGACUGUAAAGCUGCUUAUGCGGUUUGACCAUUGACAUAACUUAUUCAAUUUUGGGUAUAUAAAAUUAGUUGUAAGCAUUUCACACCA